AUGGGAGACGCGGCAAAAGGCAAGAUGCGCGCCGCGGAUAAACCACAUCGAUGCUUGAGAGGCAACUUUGCACCGAUCCAUCGUCAGCUUGAUCUAGAGCCAUGUACAUACACGGGAACUAUUCCCGUCGAGCUUCAUGGUGGUCAGUAUGUUCGAAAUGGCGGCAACCCGAGCUUUGGAAACGAUCAUAGCAGCCAUAUGCACAUGUUCGACGGUGACGGCAUGCUGAGUGGUGUAUUGUUUCGAACAACUGGACAAUCCGGGAAAAUUGAGCCCUGCUUUGUUAAUAAAUACAUCUUGACAGAUGUCUUCCUUGCAACAAAGUCGAUGCCCAGAGUCCGUUCAUCGAUAUUGCCUAGUAUCGCGACACUGAUUCACCCUCUUGCCUCGGUGAUUUCAACAUUCUGUGAACUUUGUCGCUUCUUAGCCCUCAUUACUUGGUCCCACUUUAAUAUGCACGUACCAUCAGUGCGUAAAAUCAGUGUCGCAAAUACAGCAAUCUUAUAUCACGACAAGAGAACUCUCGCAACUUGUCAAACCGGACCGCCGAUGAGGGUACAGUUGCCACAUCUAGAGACUGUCGGUUGGUACAAUGGAUCCUCAGCGGAUCACGAAUAUGCAACCUCGGGCUCCGAUGAUAACCUGUUCGGUCGCAGUGGACUAUUUGGGUUUCUGAAAGAUUGGACCACCGCACAUCCGCGUGUCGAUUACAAUACUGGGGAGCUGAUCUCAUUUCAAACAUCUUUCUUACCUCCUUUCGUCUGGUAUUCGGUCAUUCCCAGCAAAGGGGAAGCAAAAUCACAACAGCACCCAUUACAUGCCUCGGUACCGGGGAUUUCAGACCCAAAAUUGAUGCACGAUUUCGGCGUCUCACCCAAGUAUACCGUCAUCUUGGAUCUUCCAAUGUCGUUGGACCCUGUCAAUAUGCUGAGAGGGAGACCCAUUGUUCAUUAUGAUCAGUACUCACCAUCACGAUUUGGUAUUUUCCCCCGUCACGAUCCCGGUAGAGUGCGAUGGUUUGAAACAGAAGCUUGCUUCAUUUUCCACACCGCCAGCACUUGGGAUGAAUUUGCACCAAAGUCAGCAAAAGAUGAAGAAGUUGAGGCUGUAAAUAUGGUUGCAUGUCGCUACACCAGUGCGGAUAUGCUAUAUUCUAUGGGCGCCAUUGACACAAUUUCGAGUCCAAGAUUUCCCGAAGAACAGGGGAGCGACAGUCGACUUUACUAUUAUAGAUUCUUACUGUCGGACACAAAACGGAAUUUGAUCUCUCAUCAAUGGGCCUUAUCUGCUAUUCCCUUUGAGAUGCCUGUCAUCUCGCCCUCCUGCUCGACAACUGCACCCAAAUACAUAUACGGAUGCUCCUCAAAGGAUGCAAUGUUUGGAUCAAGCACAGGCGAGCCUAUGAAAGUCGACUGUCUUGUUAAAAUUGACAUUCAACCCUUGAUCCGGCAAGGAAUUGAAAAAGAAAUCAAAUCAGUCGAUGGCUGUGUUGAUGAAAGAUGCAUUGCUGAGAUUUUGCAAAACGAUGACAUUGAAGAUCCUAUCAGAGUAUUUCAAGCCCCGGAAGGAUGGUACGCUCAAGAGCCUCGAUUUGUUCCUCGGCAUGACGCUCAAUCCGAGGAUGAUGGAUACCUCCUCACUUUAACGUUCGAUGAGUCCCAGCUGCAUGAAGAUGGAGAGGCUCCGGAGGAUGCCAGAAGCGAGCUUUGGGUCAUUGAAGCGUGCGACAUGACAACAGUGGUGGCGAAGAUCUUACUACCCCAGAGAGUGCCCUAUGGAUUCCAUGGCAACUGGUUCACGCAAGAGGAAAUCGAAAUGCAGAGGCCAUAUAGAACCUCACGUACUCAGCAAUGGGCUAAUCUAUGA